UAAACAGUAAUCACGUUACAACCCGGAAGUAUUGCCUUUCUCUGAUUAACGUUUGAAUAGACAAGAAUGAGCAAAUUAUCUUAUGAAGAGACGAUUAAACACGAUGAUUGUUCCAUCGUUCAGUGUUUAAUAUUCAGAUCUGAGUCCUAAUCUGAGUCCUUCGAGGAGGAGACGGUCCAACAGAGCAGCAACGCCCUGAUGCCAGAGAGACCUCCUCGCUCUGUUUACAACCCGCCUGAGAGAGCCUGUUUCCCCGCAGUGAUCCGUUAGCUCCUCGCUCUGUUUACAACCCGCCUGAGAGAGCCUGUUUCCCCGCAGUGAUCCGGUUUGUGUGUAAACCAGUCUACUAGAGAAUCAUGGCUGAGCUGCAUGUUGUGGACCCGAGCGGCACCUCCACCUUAGACCAGCCCGAGCACCGUGAGGUCCGCGGCUCUAUGCGCCUGGCUUCGCCCACUCUCCUGGUCCCUCCUCGGGGCAGCCAGCUCAGCCCCGGCGGGGUGUCGGGGAGCAGCGGCGGGGGAGGAGGGGGACGCUCGGUGUUCGGGUUCCCGGGGAAGAGCAACCCGAGCUCCCCGUCCGAGCCGGUGGAGAAGCCGGGCUCACGCUGGGUCCGUCUGAACGUCGGGGGGACCUACUUCAUCACGACCAAGCAGACGCUGUGCAGGGACCCCAAGUCUUUCCUGUUCAGACUGUGCCAGGAGGACCCGGACCUGGACUCGGAUAAAGAUGAGACGGGAGCCUACCUGAUCGACAGGGACCCCACAUACUUCGGCCCCAUCCUGAAUUAUCUCCGGCACGGAAAGCUGAUCAUGGAUAAGAACCUGGCUGAGGAAGGUGUUCUCGAGGAAGCCGAGUUUUACAACAUCGUGUCUCUGGUGAGGCUGGUUAAGGAGAGGAUACGGGACAACGAGAACCGGACUUCCCAGGGCCCCGUGAAGCACGUGUAUCGAGUAUUGCAGUGCCAAGAGGAGGAACUCACACAGAUGGUCUCCACCAUGUCGGACGGGUGGAAGUUUGAGCAGCUUAUAAGCAUCGGCUCCUCUUAUAACUACGGGAACGAGGACCAGGCGGAGUUUCUAUGUGUGGUUUCCCGGGAACUCAACAACUCCACCAACGGCAUCGUCAUCGAGCCCACUGAGAAGGCCAAGAUCCUUCAGGAGCGAGGCUCGCGGAUGUGAAGAGACCUGCAGCCGGAGCUUCAGCACAUUUAAUCAACAACAGCAAACAACAAUAACAAGAACAUUUCCUCCAGUUUUCAUCAGCUGGUAUCAUCAUCAUCAUCAUCACCAUCCGCCUCCCCUGCUCCUCUGGUGUGCCUUUCCACAGCGGGGGCUCCCGACGCCUCUUCCCUCCUCCUCUCCUCCUCCUCCUCCUCCUCUUCCAGGGCCGCGACUCGACCCUGGCUCGUCCUGGUUUGUUCUCCAUCACCACCGCGGGACGCUUCAGGAGGAUUUUAAAAAGGAAUCACAAGUGAGAGGUUUAUUUCACUGCAGCUUUUACGGUCAGUGUGGAUGCGGUGCAGGAUUUGGUGCUGAUUGUAGCCCCUUGUUGUCAUUAUCAGUGGAUGGAUAUCUAGCACAAAGCUACCACCAGUCAACUUCAUCGUUAUCAAAACCGCUUUUAACCAACAGGAUACUUUUCCUCUCUGAUACGUUCGGCUCUGUCAACUCAGCAGAAACCUCCUCAGGACUCUCACAGGACAAAAAAGGAAUGAACACGACUCCUCUGACAGAGCUUCUUUCAGCCGCCUCCCUUCUCCGCUCUCCCAGAAUCCUCGGCUGACGUCGGAGGGAAAUCGCAUCGCUUUAAAACAGAGCCAGGAGUCUGACGGCUUGCGUUUGAGCCGGUCUGAUGCGGCGUUUCCUCUGCUUUCUGAGUCUUUAAAAAAAAAAAGGAGUGACGAGCAUCUUACACACUCAUGGACUCGGUUCUGUUUCCAGCCCGGUCGCUCCUCCCAGGGAGAAAAAUUUGGGAUAUUUCUGUGCAAAAGAAAACAGAAGACUCAAAAAGACUUCACCUGUGUACAAUUUGUCAAGGCAUGUGAGGAAUCUAUAUAAAUCUAUAUAGGCUACAUGAUGAAAUUAUAUGAAAAUCGAAUGCAAAUGGUGUAAUUAUUGGUUUCUGUAUCAUAGUUGUCAUAUAUUUACACACUCUGGUGGGUGAGUCUAUUUAAAGGACAGAGAAAAUAUCAUAUUUUUCAUUCUAUGGAAGGUUUCCCGCUCGGUAUCAUGGAUGUGAGUUUGUGUUUGCAGUGCCUCUCUGCUUUCUGUCCAUGACUGAAAUAUCACCGCUGCACGUUUUCUGUCGUGUUCCCCAAAAAGCUCCAACACUUUCUCUAAAAUAUCCUUCUUUGAUCUCUUACAUAUCUUAAAAUUGUAAUCGGGGGAAGAGGAAAAUGAGCCGCCAGUCACCGGGUAGGCUGGCUGGGCGGAUAUGGCCAGUUUGGACGCUGCCUCAAACACCUGAAUCGCCCGCUGUCUCUCUAUCACGCCCAACCUCUCUCUCCUCUCUCUCUCUGACGCCCUGAUGACUGUGUUUUCUUUCAUUGUGCAGCACUUGUAGCAACUUUUGGCAAAGCUGACAUCUUCUCCUUUCUCUUUCAACCCUGAUAUGACAUCAUCAUCAUAGCAAUGUGCAUUAACUGAACCUGCCAGCGAGAGCGUCUUCAUCUUUCAGAGCUUCAGACUGAAGCUUUCGUUGCUUUUUGUGCCGGAUCAUUGGCAUCAACUCGGCUGAAGUGUAUUUCUGUGGAAAUAUGCUCCUCAUUAAGUUGCUUUGUGAGAAGUGCUGCGUUCACACUCGUAACAACAUCAGAUUUAAAAACAUUUUUAGAAUGCAUUUGUGCAAACAUGCAAGACUGAAUUUAAGACAGUUAGAGCCGUGAGCAUCUCAAGGUUUCUGCAGCUAAUCAGCAGCUACAGCUGUCUUUGCAUUUCUCUGAUUUAUAUCUUUAAAGAUGUUUCCUGGCAUGAUAAAACUUUGCGUAUGGAGACGUUUCCUCAGGAUCUGGGGCAGUUUAAAAGCUGACAAGUUUCAUUGACCGACAAAUUCGCAGUCAUAGAAGUUAGCAAACUAUGGGGCUGUUGGUGUUUUCUUCCAUCCAUCCAGCAGCAGUCGAGACACUCCUCUCUCCGGUAACUUCCACCAGCUCCUCUGGGAGGAUACCGAGGCGUUCCCAGGCCAGCUGAGAGAUAUAAUCUCCCCAGCGUGUCCUGGAUCUUCCCUGUGGCCUCCUCCCAGACGGGCAUGCCUGAAACACCUCCCCAGGGAGAAGUCCAGGAGGCAUCCUGACCAGAUGCCUGAACCACCUCCUCUGGGUCCUCUGGAUGUGGAGGAGCAGCAGCUCUACUUUGAGUCUGAGCUCCUGACCCUCUAUCUGAGGCUGAGCCCAGACACUCUCAGAGAAAGCUCAUUUUGGGUGCUUGUAUUCGCAAUCUUGCUCUUUCGGUCACUACCCACAGCUCGUGACCAUCGGUGAGGGUUGGAACAUAGAUUGACCGGUAAAUUGAGAGCUUUGCCUUCUGGCUCAGCUCUCUCUUCACCAUGACAGACCGGUACAGUGUCCGCAUAACUGCAGAAUCCGCCCCGGCCCGUCUGUCAAUCUUGCAGGUUCUUCCCCUCACUCGUGAACAAGAGCCUGAGAUACUUAAACUCCUCCACUUGGGGUAAAGACUCUCCUCAGACCUGAAGUGGGCAAGCCACCCUUCUCCGACUGAGCACCACUCCAAUAGCGACCUCCUCAAAUAGUUUGGAUCCUCCAUCCAGCAUUCACAAAAUUCAGAUGUGUUCAACUUUCAUUUAAAAAAUAAGUUAAAUGUAGUUUGUUAUUUUUUAAAUUUGUGCAAAAACUAAAAGAAAAUGACGUUUAAACAUGUAAAUGCACGUUAAAUUAUCUUGUAAAGGAGCAUGAAACUAAAAGCAAAUGCAAAGUAAAUAUUGUAUCUUGAUAUCCACAACUGGCUAACCCUGCAAAUUUUCACUUCUGAGAAACAGAAUUAUUUUUAUAUACGUGCAAUUUCCUGUCCCCCACCCUAAAGCUGCAAAAACACGAUGCAUUUAAGAUGUUGUUACAGGUCUGAACGUCGCCUUCUCACAAACACAAAGUUUGAGCCACAUCCCUCCAUAUCAGAAGAAUUGAAACAUUUCACGGUGCCCAUUGUGCAGACUGAACUCACCCCUGAAGCUUAAAGGGGGUUCAGAUACUCUGCCACCUUGCUGCACCCUCCUCUGUAUAAAGUUAUGUUAUAUCAAGCAUGAACAAAAAGAAUGCCAGAUAAAAAAAAAACUAAACCUUAGCUGUUGUCAUGCUCCCUGGUCGUGAUCAGUCCGGCCUCCGAGCUCAAACUUUGAUGUGACUUCUUCUUCUCUGUUGUUUACUUUGUUGCUUUCCCCCCCCGACUGUGUGUUGUGCAGUUAUAACCUGCCGAUCCGAGUCGUGAGCAGACCGCGAGCUGCUGAAAAACGCCCCAACGUGUCCUUGAGGAGCACUUUUUCUCUCCCUCGUUGUUCUCCGGGCCUUUGCAAAGCACCUUGGGUGUUGUUUCCCUUCGUCUGUGUCCAGUGUUGUGCCUUUGACCUGUGUUGUGCACAGUUGUUCCCCCCCCUCUUUAUCAUAGGAUGCCUCCCAUACCUUAAAAAAGCCAAGAGGUAUAAUGUUUAAAGCGGUCUUUAGCUCGGUUUGUAUCGUUCGUGUUUCAGUGAGAGGCAAGCCAACGAAUCCAUCGUCCCCUGCUUUGUUUUACAUUUAUUACAUACACACUGAGAUCAGCUGUUUUUGUGCCAUCGCUUUGAGCUAAAUCAACCAAUAAUUCAAAACUGUGUCUGAUCUGCUGUAACACUUGAGUCGUGGUUGUGUUUUCAGCGCCAUCAAACGGGAGGAAAGCAGGAAGACCGAUCAAAGCAGGUUUCUCUCCUCUGCUGUUAUCUUAGUAAAACUCCAGCAGUGACCUUGUUAACAGAAAUCAAUCUGACCUUGAACGCACCGUUGGCCUCUUCUUCUUUUCUCGAGUUGCAUGUUGAAGCAAUCUCUAAUGAUCUAACUUUUUAGAUGUGUGUAAUUAACCUUAAAGCACUUAUUACACCCGUUACCUUUGUGAACCCAGUUUGAUCUUUAACCUUGAUGGUUCAGUGUUCGGGUCGGUGGUUCCCAAACCGAGGGCGAGUCCAGAUCCCGAGAAAACAAGUUGAAGAAACCUCACGUGUGUUUUUGCUCUUGAUAUCGCGCUCUCUGUUUGUAGUCUUCCAUUGAAAAACGCUGUUAGCUCAAUGCUAGCAGGGUCAUGAUCCCCAGAGGAUACCUCCCGACUUUCAUUUUCUUUUAUAUUUCAGCACAAUUAACACUUUGUUUAUGACCAAAUAUCUGAAUGACAGCAUGUAAGCAUUGCUUUUUGUACUGACUCUCAUGGUCCCCAGAGGAUGAACUCUACUGACUUUGUUACAGUUAGAAAAAUGCACCAUACAUUUUCUGUUAAAUGGCAGAAUCCCUGAUAAAUUAAUCUUCUUUGGUUUCAAAUUGUCAAAUAUUAGCAUGCUAGCAUUCUAAACUAUGAAAGUUAACAUCAAUUGUCCAAACAUCAGAAUAUUAGCAUGAGCUUGUUGAUGUUAGAAUUUGGUUUAAAGUAUAUCUGGGUAGCUGUAGACUCUGUAGUGCAGUUAGCCAUGCUAGCGGUUUGUGUACAACAUAUGAAAAAUACUAGGGAUGCACCGAAACGAAAAUUCUUGGCCAAAACCGAAAACCGAAAUAAAUUUUUAUGCCAAUUAUUAGUAACAUUGCAUUUAUGGCUAUGACUGUGUACUAACCUCACUAAAAUCAAGGAUCUCAUUGAACAUAUCACAACAUUCUGUUUCGGCCGUGUUUUAUUGGUGAUAAAAGUGUUUCAGCCGAAAAACAAAAAUGCACUUUUGGGCCAUUUUCGGCCGAAAAUUUUCGGUGGCAGAAUUUUAGGUGCAACCCUAAGAAAUACCCCCAAAAUUUCAAAUGUAAAGAAAUUCUGCAGUCAGUCAUGAUCCCCAGAAAACUCCAUCAAAGCAACAAUUAGAAAUCUUUGGUUUGUUUUGAUUUAUUUCCACAUCUGUUACCUGAAGCUGUAGUUUAUAUUAAGUGCUGAAUAGCUAACACUAGCAUGCUAACAAGCUGUGCCAAGAUUUUGAACAUGUGGAACAUUUUUCAUGAUAAAAAAAUUAGAAUUGAGUAGUGUCAUUGUGAACUGUUAGCAGCACUUUCAGUCUGAUGAUGUUAGCAUUUAUCACUGCUGUCAAGCUAGCUUGUCUUUAGCCAUGCUAGUAGCAAGGUGGCUCCUGCUGUAAGAACACAAGACAUUUGUUUUGAUUCCUGAGCAAGUCCAGACUGAAAUAUCUCAACUGAUGCUGCAAACUUUUUAAAAAAAUGUUUAGACAACAGGACAGAAGUUAAGUAGUGAAAAGCUUCCUGUAUCGACUGACAUAUAGCUAACACUAGCAUGCUAACAAGCUAUGCCAACGUGGUGAACAAGGUGAACAUUGUUCAUGAUAAAAACUAGCACUUAGCAUUGUCAUUGUCAUUGUGAACAGUUAGCAGCACUAACAUAGGCUGAUUAUGUUAGCAUUUAUCUCUGCUGUCAAGCUUUCAGUUGUUUAUCUUGUUUCUAGUCAUGCUAGUAGCAAUUGGAAAUGGCUCAUUGGACAAUUAGCGAUCCAUUGACUGGUUAGUUUGUUGAUUUACAGGUCAGAAUUUUAAUUUUUGAAAAACUUCAUCUAUUGACUGAAUCCCAUAAAAACUAAUAAGGUUCCUGAAUAGCUAACACUAGCAUGUUAGCAUGGUGAACUAUGUAAAUGCUAUUUUUGCUAAACAUGAGCUUUGAGCAUCGUCUUAACGCUUACUCAGCCUGUUGAUGUUGGCAUUUAGCUCAGCUUUAAAGCUAUACAUCCUGUUUUUAGCCAUAACAGACAUGUGCAAGGUGGCUUCCAGUCACCAGUGGGACCAAGUAUGUAGGGUUCAUCCUGUAGGGACCUUAAAUAUCUGUACACAAUGUAACGUUAGUGAGGAAACUUCUGUUGUGACAUCGUAAGGCAUUUGUUCGAUCCAUCGAGAAGUCCAGACUGAAAAAGCACAACGACAUGCUUUAAAAUUUUCUCUGGACAUUCAUGAGUUUGUUGAUCUAACUUUAAGUCCUGUAAUAUUUUAAGUUCCAGUCUGCCUCAGCUGUAUUUUUCCUCAAAGUAAAUAAAUAAAAUGAGAGAAAUUGAA